CGACUUGUUGUUUGCGACCAUCACAAUCUGUCUUUGUGCCUCUUAUCGGUUUGUUUCGUUUCACAGGCAGCUCAAGAUAACAACAAAUCAAGCACCCAAGUCCCUAUUGACCGGCAGACUCUAUCCCUACUCCAUUGCGAAAAUGGCAGCAGCAGCAACAGCAACCAAGCGGGUUCUCUCCAUCCAGAGUCAUGUGGUGCACGGCUAUGUGGGCAAUAAGGUAGCCACCUACCCACUUCAGUUGCUGGGCUUUGAUGUGGAUCCACUGAACUCAGUGCAAUUCUCUAAUCACACGGGCUACAAGACCUUCAAGGGACCCGUUUCCAACGAAAAAGAACUGGUCACGAUUAUCGAAGGUCUUGAGGAGAAUGAGCUGCUGGGCCACUACUCUCACCUGUUGACGGGCUACAUCGGCAAUCCACUGUUCCUACGCGAAGUAGGAGUCAUUGUGCAGAAGCUGCGCCAGGCUAAUCCGAAGCUGGUUUAUGUCUGUGAUCCUGUUAUGGGCGACAACGGUCAGCUGUAUGUUCCUAAGGAGCUGCUGCCCAUCUACCGUGACGAAAUCAUUCCGCUGGCCGACAUCAUAACUCCGAAUCAGUACGAGGUGGAGCUGCUCACGGGCAAGGAGGUGCGCAGCGAGGCUGCCGUGUGGGAGGCAAUGGAGUGGUUCCAUAAACGCCAGAUCAAAACGGUGGUCAUUUCCAGCAGUGAUCUCGGCCAGCCGGGUGUCCUGCGCGCCUUCCUCAGUCAGCUGAAUGGCCCGAGGCUGGCUAUCGACAUACCCAAGCAGGGCGGCAAGGAUCUGGUUUUCACCGGCACAGGCGAUCUCUUCGCCUCCCUUUUCCUAGCACAUAGCCAUGCCUGUGGCGAUGUGAGCGAGGUCUUCGAGAAGACCAUUGCCAGUCUGCAGGCAGUGAUCAAGCGCACUGUCGCCGCCCUUCCUCAUGGAGACGGCCCAGUCAAGGCCUGCGAGCGCGAACUGAAGCUGGUGCAGAGCAAAGCGGAGAUCGAAAAGCCUCAGGUUCUCCUCAAAGCGCAGCGUCUUAACUAGACCACGAAAUUGGACACGCGACGCGGGCAACCAGACAAUAACCUUUUGAUACCUUAAGAUGGACAGCAAUUACAUUAAUCACAUUAUAUUAAAUUACUUUAUAUACAAGA